AUGGAUUCAGGGGAUGGACUUCCUGUUUCUGCUGAGCCAGGACUGACUCAUGACAUCCUUGUAUCCCGCACGUCGGUCCGGCCAAAAGCCUGCAAUCAAGUGACUGGGAGGUGCAAGGGAGGCGGUUUGGAGUCGUCUCCAACAAAUAAGCUCCACAUGUCCACUCCGGGAGAACGAAAGUUCUCCCAGAAACUCAUGGGACUAGAGGCUUGCAACCUGCCCAUGGGUUUUAAAAUUUUACGCAAAACACACGGCCAUCGAAGAUCUGAUGAUGCAAGCCAACAAGAUCAAGUACGACUGACCGAGACGAGACGACGUCACCCUCUCAACGCCGUAUAUGAAACUGGAGAAGAACUGUUCUUAGGAACAUGCGACAGUAGAGGUGUUGGUGGAGUUAGCGUCCUCGUCAAUACGAGUAUGGCAAAGAACAUCGACUCUUUCGAACAACUUACGACCCGAAUCGGACGUCUGCGGAUGAGAAGAUGUGGCCCAACACCUGCUUUGACUAUCUUCGUCGCUUACGCUCCAACAUCAAGCUACGAAGAAGAAGAAGUCGAAGCUUUCUAUAUAGACCUGGAGAAGUUCUACCGAGAAGACCAUGCCUUCUACAAGGACUUAAUUGGCGAUUUUAACGCCAAGGUUGGCCCAAGAAGAACGCCGAAGGAACUUCACAUCGGGACCCACGGCCUACAAUGGAAUGACCAGGGAGAGAGGCUCUCCGAGUUCAUCAUGACGACUAAGACCAUCCAUGGGAACUCGCAAUUCUAG